AUGCCGCGGAGCAAAGAGCCAGAAAUCUUCACCUUUGAGCGGAUCCCAGCUCAAGAGCCACUGCGCUAUACGCCAGUGCGCCAGCGAAAGAAGAACACCCGUGUACAGUACCCAGCCAAUGUCCGAAAGUACCUUCCACCUGCCGAGAAGAGCGCUGCCAAGCGCUGGCUCGUUGCUCUGUGCCUGGUACUGUUCCUUCAGAUCUACACCGAGGAUGCUUGCAUCGAGACACCGAUCAGCGCCGAGAGCCUUGCCGCCGAGGUACACGAGGAGGCGUCCUUUGGUCCAUACAAGGAGCUACGGUUCCAGUCAGCAGAGGAACAGGCGCGUCAACUCACAGACAGUGUCUCCAACGAGCUCUCUUCUGUCAACUGUCAGGAUCAACUUGUUGGUGAGCAGAGUGACAACACCUGGAGCAAGCUGGUCAAUACAACGUGUCCCAGCUGGGAUGCCGAGACGAAUCGCAUGCACAAGCAGAGCACAAGGAACAGCUACGUGGUAGCCUUCCUCUACCCGGCAGUUUAUCACAGACUGGGAUCUGAGAAUUGAAAGAACUGAACUGGUUUUUCAGCUCAAGCCUUGUCAUUAAGAUGGAGCCGGGUUCAAUGGCUUUGGUUUGGAUAAAGUGAGCGAGCUGCCUCUGUCCGGGCGCUGCCAGGCCGGGAGCUCAUUCAUCAAGGCGCUCGCUGAAGCCUCACCAGAGUAGCCUGCAGUAGCUGCUGUAUUUGGAGAUGGCGAGUGAAGCGAAAGAAAGAACAUGUUACUUAUAGGACAAUUUUGAAGGACUGACUGGCUGACUGUUACAAUACUGGACUCAAACUUGAAUAUAGAAAAACUUGAAUUAUAUUUUAGGUUCACAUUUGCAAUGAUGUACUGUAAAAGUCAAACUUAGCACCCUAACAUGUUGGUAGCUGUAUGGCCAAAACGUAUAGGCCUACAGUAUUGAAGUGAUAUUUGUAAUACUAUGAUUUACUUUGUGGAAGCCUAGUACUUGAUAUUGAGACUAAUAUUUUGCUAAACUAUUUAUUUAUGAAGAAUAUUCUAUGAAGUUUAUUAUUUAACUUGUUAUUUAUUUAUAUUGUUCUAAUGAUUUGUUAUUUAAUAAUGAAAUAAAACAUUCUGAAAUGUUCAUAUUGUCUCUUUUCUCAUUCACAUUCAAAAUACGAGGUUUUAUGACAAUCAAUGGCAUAAUUAACUAAGUUAUGCUUUGGACUAGUUAUUUUCCAGUACCAAUUUUAUAGCUGGGCACAUUCAUUUAAACAUACAGUAGGCUUCCUAUCCACUGGGAAGAAUUCCAUAGUUUAUGGAUGCUCAUUGCUAAUCAGAUAACCACAUCAGUUUGGAAACGGGAACCAAAUUGAUUAUUCAAGGAUUUUAUUUACAGUAAAAUAACUAUCAUGGCUAAUUAUUCAACAAUGGCCCUUAAGCAGAGCUAAAUCAGUGUCUCCCAUAUUUAUUUCCUGGUCUCCAUAGUGUUCUACAUGGGGAAUGGUAUUAGACCAGUCAGGAUAUUGAUUAAAACAUUAAACGCAGGCCAGUCUUGUAAACCAGAACGAUGUGGGAUUCCCUUUCAUGAUGUCAAUGUGCUAUAAUAUGGUAGAAUAUACAUGACAUUUAUCAGAUGCUCAUAUCCAAAGCGACUUACAGUAGGGCAUACAUUUUCGUACGGAUGGCCCCAUCAGGACUUGAACCCACAACCUUGCAAGCACCACGCUCUACCAACUGAUCCAUCACUAUAUUAUACUUUGACCUUCAACAUACCUGCAUAUACAGUUGAAGUCAGAAGUUUACAUACACUUAGGUUGGAGUCAUUAAAACUCGUUUUUCAACCACUCCACACAUUUCUUGUCAACAAACUAUAGUUUUGGCAAGUCGGUUAGGACAUCUACUUUGUGCAUGACACAAGUAAUUUUUCCAACAAUUGUUUACAGACAGAUUAUUUCACUUAUAAGUCACUGUAUCACAAUUCCAGUGGGUCAGAAGCUUAUAUACACUAAGUUGACUGUGCCUUUAAACAGCUUGGAAAAUUCCAGAAAAUUAUGUAAUGGCUUUAGAAGCUUCUGAUAGGCUAAUUGACAUAAUUUGAGUGGAUGUAUUUCAAGGCCUACCUUCAAACUCAGUGCCUCUUUGCUUGACGUCAUGGGAAAAUCAAAAGAAAUCAGCCAAGACCUCAGAAAAAAAAUGGUAGACCUCCACAAGUCUGGUUCAUCCUUGGGAGCAAUUUCCAAACGCCUGAAGGUACCACGUUCAUCUGUACAAACAAUAGUACGCAAGUAUAAACACCAUGGGACCACGCAGUCGUCAUACCGCUCAGGAAGGAGACGCGUUCUGUCUCCUAGAGAUGAACGUACUUUGGUGCGAAAAGUGCAAAUCAAUCCCAGAACAACAGCAGAUGCUGGAGGAAACAGGUAGAAAAGUAUCUAUAUCCACAGUAAAACGAGUCCUAUAUCGACAUAACCUGAAAGGCCGCUCAGCAAGGAAGAAGCCACUGCUCCAGAACCGCCAUAUAAAAAGCCAGACUACGGUUUGCAACUGCAGAUGGGGACAAAGAUCGUACUUUUUGGAUGAAAUGUCCUCUGGAUCUUAUGAAACAAAAAUAGAAAUGUUUGGCCAUAAUGACCAUCGUAAUGUUUGGAGGAAAAAGUGGAAGGCUUGCAAACCGAAGAACACCAUCCCAACCGUGAAGCACGGGGGUGGCAGCAUCAUGCUGUGGGGGUGCUUUGCUUCAGGAGGGUCUGGUGCACUUCACAAAAUAGAUGGCAUCAUGAGGAAGGAAAACUAUGUGGAUAUAUUGAAGCAACAUCUCAAGACAUCAGUCAGGAAGUUAAAGCUUGGUCGCAAAUGCGUCUUCCAAAUGAACAAUGACCCCAAGCAUUCUUCCAAAGUUGUGGCAAAAAGGCUUAAGGAAAACAAAGUCAAGGAAUUGGAGUGGCCAUCACAAAGCCCUGUCUUCAAUCCUAUAGAACAUUUGUGGGUAGACCUGAAAAAGCAUGUGCGAGCAAGGAGGCCUACAAACCUGACUCAGUUACACCAGCUCUGUCAGGAGGAAUGGGCCAAAAGUCACCCAACUUAUUGUGGGAAGCUUGUGGAAGGCUACCCAAAACAUUUGACCCAAGUUAAACAAUUUAAAGGCAAUGCUACCAAAUACUAAUUGAGUGUAUGUAAACUUCUGACCAACUGGUAAUGUGAUGAAUGAAAUAAAAGCUGAAAUAAAUCAUUCUCUCUACUAUUAUUCUGACAUUUCAUAUUCUUAAAAUAAAGUGGUGAUCCUAAUGGACCUAAGACAGGGAAUUUUUACUAUAAUGAAAUGUCAGUAAUUGUGGAAAACUGAGUUUAAAUGUAUUUGGCUAAGGUGUAUGUAAACUUCUGACUUACAUUUACAUUUACAUUUUAGUCAUUUAGCAGACGCUCUUAUCCAGAGCAACUUACAGUUAGUGAGUGCAUACAUUUUCAUACUUCAACUGUAUUAAGUAUAUAAACCCUGAUGAUGAUGACGAUGAUGCUAUCUACUACUACUACUACUCCUACUACUACUACUACUACUACUACUACUAUUACUGAGACUACUACUGCUCCUACUACUACUACUACUAGUAUUACUACUACUACCGCUACUACUGCUACUACUACUACUACUACUCCUGCUACUGCUAUUGAUACUAUUACUUCUACUGCUACUACUACUACUGCUACUACUGCUCCUACUACUACUGCUACUAGUAUUACUACUACUACUACUACGGCUACUACUACAACUACUAUUACUACUACUGCUACUACUACUACUGCUACUACUGCUACUACUACUACUACUGCUACUAGUAUUACUACUACUACGGCUACUACUACUACUACUAUUACUACUACUGCUACUACUACUACUACUACUACUACUACUACUACUACUACUACUACUGCUACUGCUACUACCUACUAUACUCUACCCUACUACUCUACUACUAUUACUACUACUGCUACUACCUCUACUACUACUACUACUGCUAG